AUGGAGCUACCACGCGAGGAAACAGUCCAUGGCGACGGGACUCAGCCUGGGCAGCCGGUGACUGCUUUGAAGAGCCGCCGUAUCACCAUACUUAAUCGGGCAUUCAUGGAACUGAGCUGGACGGACCGGCUACUCACGCCCGCUAUACUGCUUUCUAUGAUAGUCGGCGUCAUCAUUGGCGAGUUUGUUCCUGGGGUGCAGCAGGCCUUCGACCUCGUUCAAUUCCGUGGUGUAUCUGCACCGAUAGCAGUCGGACUCAUAGUCAUGAUGUGGCCAAUCUUAACCAAGGUGCACUAUGAGGCACUACCGUCGCUCUUUAUGACCUGGCAUAAUUGGCUGCAUAUCUUCAUCUCCCUCUUCCUGAACUGGAUCGUCGGGCCUUUCCUAAUGCUCGGACUCGCGUGGGCCACGCUUCCCGAUCUCCCUGAGUAUAGGACGGGUAUCAUACUGGUCGGUCUUGCGCGGUGCAUCGCCAUGGUCAUGAUAUGGGUCGGGCUUUCCCAAGGCGACGUCGAAUACUGCGCAAUUCUGGUCAUCACAAACUCCCUGCUCCAGAUUGUCCUCUAUUCCCCUCUCGCCGUUCUGUUCAUAAACAUCAUCGGCAACGACGAGACGGCACUAAAAGUGACGUACGGAAACGUUGCUAUCUCUGUGGUCAUCUACCUAGGCAUACCGCUGGUUGCUGGAUGCACGACGCGCUAUGUUGUGUGGAGCCUGGCUGGUAAGGACUUCUUGGAGCGCCGCUUCCUGCCGAUAUUCGGACUACUGUCGCUCCUCGGUCUAUUGUACACUAUCAUCGUGAUGUUCGCAUAUCAGGGCCACGAGAUCCUUCACAAUCUUGGUCCGGUUUUCAGGACGAUGGUGCCACUUGUCCUCUACUUCAUCAUCAUGUGGACAAUCGCGUUUUGGUGGUCGUACCGGCUGAACACAAGGUGCAGGUGUGGACGCAGCUUUACUUAUGAUAUGGCUGUCGUGCAGAGCUUCACAGCUGGAAGCAACAACUUCGAGCUCGCAAUCGCCGUUGCCAUUGCCGUAUAUGGUGUAGACUCUCGGCAAGCUCUUGCAGCCACCAUCGGUCCGCUCGUCGAGGUACCGGUGCUGUUGGCACUCACUUGGGUAGCAUUGUACCUUCGUACGGCUCUGAAAUGGCGAAGCGAUGUUGACCCGGCGCUUUACUCGGACAGUGAAAGGAAUACCGUCGAGAAGGUCAAAUGA